AUGGAGACUUUUAAGAAAUUAGAGAUCACCAUACCUUUCUCUGAAGCAUUGCAACAAAUUCCUUCGUAUGCAAAGUUUUUGGAGGAUCUCCUCACGAAGAAGAAAUAUCUAGAUGAGGAAACAAUUGAAGUGCAGGGAAAGGUUCUAGUUGACUUAGGAGCUAGUAUCAAUCUAAUGGCCUUAUUUAUGCUUAAGAAGAUUUGUGGUCUGGAGGUCAAAUCGACAAAAGCAAUCUUGCAAAUGGCAAAUGGGUCCAUUAAGCAUCCUUAUGGUGUGGUAGAAGACGUGUUGGUAAAAAUUGAUAAGCUCCAAUUCCCUGUUGAUUUUGUUGUAAUGGAUAUGGGGGAAGAUGUAGAAAUGCCCCUCAUUCUUGGAAGACCAUUUAUGAAGACAACCAAAGUUGUCAUUCAUGUGGAUGAGGGAACUGUGCAAUUGAAAGACCAAGAUGAAGAGGUAACUUUUAAUGUCUUUGAUAAGGUGCAGCCAAUACAAGUAACAAAGACGAGUCCUAAAGCUAAGGACGAAGUUCACUCAGUGACUAGUCUACCUGAUAAAGUUGCCCAGCCAGUUAAGAGAAAUCAUAGUUGUUGCUUUCCAAGGAUGAAGGAAGAUGAUGGAGAUAAGGAAGAAAAACUCGUUCACCAUGACUCUGUGAUGGAAAAUAAUGAACCCUAG